GCUCGUCUCUCUUGCUAACACUUCCCCUUGCUGCUGUGCUCCAGGGGACCCAAGCGUUCUCGGCGGUGACCUUAGGGAUCAAUGGUGCUCGAAAAGCCUGGAAAAAGCCGCUUUGGGCAGAGAUAGUUGGAAGCCCCUCGUCCCUUCCCCCUCUCCCGGGCAGCCCGUGCCCGGCUCACAGCACCUUCUCGCUCCUGCACACUCCGUUUGGGAGGACGGGGUGAGAAGGUGAAGUGGAAAGAACUGCAGAGCGGAGGGGGCCAGUCUCAGAGCUCAAAUUUCAUUUUCAUUGAAGCAAAGCACAGAAGACCUUUCUUUUUUUUAUUUUGCGUUUUUCUUUCUUCUUUCUUUUUCUUUUCUUUUCUUUUUUUCUUUUUUUUUAAGGAACUUAUUUUGGGGGGGUUUGCUCUGGGCAGCUGCUUUGCCCAGUAGUUGAAAAGUGAACUCGACUCGUGAUGGUUCUCCUGUCACUUUGGUUGAUAGCAGCCGCUCUGGUAGAGGUUAGGACUUCAGCUGAUGGACAAGCUGGUAAUGAAGAAAUGGUGCAAAUAGAUUUACCAAUAAAGAGACAUAGAGAAUAUGAGCUGGUGACUCCAGUCAGCACAAAUCUAGAAGGACAUUAUCUCUCCCAUAUUCUUUCUGCAAAUCACAAAAAGAGGUCAACAAGGGAUGUGUCUUCCAACCCUGAGCAACUGUUCUUUAACAUCACAGCAUUUGGAAGAGAUUUUCAUCUGCGACUAAAACCCAACACUCAACUAGUAGCUCCUGGGGCUGUUGUGGAAUGGCAUGAGACAUCUCUGGUGCCUGGGAAUAUAACCAACCCCAUAAAUAAGCAUCAACCCGGAAGUGCUUCAGAAAGAAUCUGGAGAAAAGAACCUUUGCAGACUAACUGUGCUUAUGUUGGUGACAUCAUGGACAUUCCAGGAACCUCUGUUGCCAUUAGCAACUGUGAUGGUCUGGCUGGAAUGAUAAAAAGUGAGAAUGAAGAGUAUUUCAUUGAACCUUUGGAAAGAGGUAAGCAGAUGGAAGAAGAAAAAGGAAGGAUUCAUGUUGUCUACAAGAGAUCAGCAGUAGAGCGGGCUCCCAUAGACAUGUCCAAAGACUUCCAUUACAGAGAGUCGGAUCUGGAAGGCCUUGAUGACCUAGGUGCACUGUACAGCCACAUUGACCAGCAGCUGAAUGAAACAAUGCGGCGCCGCAGACACGCGGGAGAGAACGAUUACAACAUCGAGGUGCUUCUGGGAGUGGAUGACUCUGUGGUCCGUUUCCAUGGCAAAGAGCACGUCCAAAACUACCUCCUCACUCUGAUGAACAUUGUGAAUGAAAUUUACCAUGAUGAGUCCCUUGGAGUACAUAUAAAUGUGGUCCUGGUGCGCAUGAUAAUGCUGGGCUAUGCAAAGUCCAUUAGCCUCAUAGAAAGAGGAAACCCAUCCAGGAGCUUAGAGAAUGUGUGUCGCUGGGCUUGCCAACAACAAAAAUCUGAUCCCAACCACUCUGAGCACCAUGAUCAUGCAAUUUUCUUAACCAGGCAAGACUUUGGACCUGCUGGAAUGCAAGGAUAUGCUCCAGUCACGGGCAUGUGUCAUCCAGUGAGAAGUUGUACCCUGAAUCAUGAGGAUGGUUUUUCAUCUGCUUUUGUAGUAGCCCAUGAAACUGGCCAUGUGUUGGGAAUGGAGCAUGAUGGACAAGGCAACAGGUGUGGGGACGAGACUGCUAUGGGCAGUGUCAUGGCUCCCUUGGUACAAGCAGCAUUUCAUCGUUACCACUGGUCCCGAUGCAGUGGUCAGGAAUUGAAAAGAUACAUCCAUUCCUAUGAUUGUCUCCUUGAUGACCCUUUUGAACAUGAUUGGCCCAAGCUCCCAGAACUUCCUGGAAUAAAUUAUUCUAUGGAUGAGCAAUGUCGUUUUGAUUUUGGUGUUGGUUACAAAAUGUGCACUGCGUUCCGAACCUUUGACCCCUGUAAACAGCUGUGGUGCAGCCAUCCUGAUAACCCCUACUUUUGUAAGACUAAAAAGGGACCCCCACUUGAUGGGACUGAAUGUGCUGCUGGAAAAUGGUGCUAUAAGGGUCACUGCAUGUGGAAGAAUGCUAAUCAACAAAAACAAGAUGGUAAUUGGGGGUCAUGGACAAAAUUUGGCUCUUGUUCGCGGACUUGUGGAACUGGCGUUCGUUUCAGAACCCGCCAGUGCAAUAAUCCCAUGCCCAUCAAUGGCGGUCAGGAUUGUCCUGGUGUUAAUUUUGAGUAUCAGCUUUGUAAUACAGAAGAAUGCCAAAAACACUUUGAGGACUUCAGAGCACAGCAGUGCCAGCAGCGUAACUCCCACUUUGAAUACCAGAAUACCAAACACCACUGGUUGCCAUAUGAACAUCCUGACUCCAAGAAAAGAUGCCACCUUUACUGUCAGUCCAAAGAGACUGGAGAUGUUGCUUACAUGAAGCAACUGGUACACGACGGAACGCGCUGCUCUUACAAGGACCCAUACAGCAUAUGUGUGCGAGGAGAGUGUGUGAAAGUGGGCUGUGAUAAAGAGAUUGGUUCGAAUAAGGUUGAGGAUAAAUGUGGUGUCUGUGGAGGAGAUAACUCCCAUUGUCGAACGGUAAAGGGGACGUUUACCAGGACUCCGAGGAAGCUCGGGUACCUUAAGAUGUUUGAUAUACCCCCUGGGGCUAGACAUGUGUUAAUCCAAGAAGACGAGGCUUCUCCUCAUGUUCUUGCUAUUAAGAAUCAGGCUACAGGCCACUACAUUUUAAAUGGCAAAGGGGAGGAAGCCAAGUCACGAACCUUCAUAGAUCUUGGUGUGGAGUGGGAUUAUAACAUCGAAGAUGACAUCGAAACUCUUCAUACUGAUGGACCCUUACAUGAUCCAGUUAUUGUGUUGAUUAUACCUCAGGAGAAUGAUACCCGCUCUAGCCUGACAUAUAAGUAUAUCAUUCAUGAGGACUCUGUACCUACAAUCAACAGCAACAACGUCAUCCAGGAAGAACUAGAUACUUUUGAGUGGGCUCUGAAGAGUUGGUCUCAGUGUUCCAAACCCUGUGGUGGAGGUUUCCAGUACACUAAAUACGGAUGCCGUAGGAAAAGUGAUAAUAAGAUGGUUCAUCGUAGCUUCUGUGAGGUCAAUAAAAAGCCAAAACCUAUUAGACGAAUGUGCAAUAUUCAAGAGUGUACACAUCCACUCUGGGUAGCCGAGGAGUGGGAACACUGCACCAAAACCUGCGGCAGUUCUGGCUACCAGCUUCGCACUGUACGCUGCCUUCAGCCACUGCAUGAUGGCACCAACCGCUCUGUGCACAGCAAGUACUGUGUGGGAGACCGUCCUGAGAGCCGCCGGCCCUGUAACAGAGUGCCCUGCCCAGCCCAGUGGAAAACAGGGCCCUGGAAUGAGUGUUCAGUGACCUGUGGCGAAGGAACAGAGGUGAGGCAGGUCCUGUGCAGGGCUGGAGACCACUGCGACGGUGAAAAGCCGGAGUCCGUCAGAGCCUGUCAGCUGCCUCCCUGUAAUGAUGAGCCAUGUCUGGGAGACAAGUCCAUAUUCUGUCAGAUGGAGGUGCUGGCACGAUACUGCUCCAUACCAGGUUAUAACAAGCUCUGUUGUGAGUCAUGCAGCAAGCGCAGUAGCACCCUGCCACCACCAUAUGUUCUAGAAGCCGCUGAAGCUCAUGAUGAUGCAGUCUUUAGCCCCAGUGACCUCCCUAAAUCUCUAGUGAUACCUACACCUUUCAUUCCUUACUAUCCAGAGACUUCUGCUGAGAAAAAGUCUUUGAGUAGCAUCUCUGCAGUGGGAAGUCCAAAUGCAUAUGCUGCUUUCAGGCUGAACAGUGAACCUGAUGGUGCUAACUUACCCCAAAGGAGAGCUCAGCGAACCAGAAGUAAGACGCUGAGCCUGGUCUCAAUACCAUCCUCCUCACCCACCAAGAAUGGCCACCUCCAUUCUGCUUCACAAAGGGCGACUGCUUCCUUCCUGGCAGUCAGUGAUUCAAUAGGUGCCUCUUCUCAGGCAAGAACCUCAAUGAAAGAUGAAAAGAUUAUUAACAAGAGACGUCUGAUAAGAUCAUUCACCUUAGAAAGAUGAAAAAGUGAAAUUUAAAAGGUAGAAACAGAGGGAAACCUGGACAACCUCCCUCUCUGCAUGGUGCAUACAACUUAGUGAAAAUCUCCAUAGCUGGUCAACUCAUUUUAUCCAUAAGUGGAAGAACAAAAAAGUGCUGGUUCACUUUCUAGUUGCUUUCAUCCUCCUCCUGUUCUGCUUUGACUCAUUCAACAGAAUUCAUUGGAAGAAAGCACCAAAGAUUACUAACAGGGGGAAAAUAGGUUGCUAUGUGUGUUGGUCACUCUCUAAAGAAAAAAAGGGACUGGAACCAAUUGUGCAUAUCAGCUGGAUUUUUGUUUUAAAAAGUUACAGUAAAAAUUUUAAAAAGAGAUGCCAACAGUUUACACUUCAAGAAAUUUUGGAAAUGGAGCAGAGAAUUCAUAGACUUGUAUUCCUAUUUAUCUAUAUUAGAAAUAUUGUAUGAGCAAAUUUGCAGCUGUUGUGUAAAUACUGUAUAUUGCAGAAAUCAGUAUUAUUUUAAGAGAUGUUCUCAAAUGAUUGUUUACUAUCUUACAUUUCUGGAUGUUCUAGGUGCCUGUCAUAGAGUAUUGCCUUAUUGACAUUCCAUAUGUUGAUUUUCAAGGCAGAAUGUUGAGAAGUUAGAAUCACAGCUACUGACAAUACAAGAGAUUUUGUUGUAUGGCUUUUUGUUGAAUCAACAAUGUGAUACCUAAAUUAUAGAAAAAGAAAAAAACAGAAACUAUGGAUUUGCAGGUCUUACUUUACUUAUUGCCUUCCAUCCUGUAAUUGAAAGGAAUUAGGAAUGGUGUCAGAAUACACUUUUGGUCACAGAGAAGAGUAAAUGAGCAAGAUAAAACCAAAAAAAACCCUCUUACCAGGACCUCUGGAAGCACCAUUGAGGUGUCCUGUGUUCUUAAUUUCCUAGUGUUGGUAUAUAAACAGUUAUACUUGAUGCACGGUAUUAAUCACAAAGGAAAAAUGUUCUGGAAAGAUUUGUGUGUUGGUAGCUGAGAAAACAUCAAACUAGAAUUAACCCUCAAGGAUAGUACUGCUUUGGAAGCAGGUUCAAGAAAGCAUUUGUCAAUGGUUGAGGUAUUUAUUUUCUGCAUGGUUCAUAUCCAAAUGUUCACAACCACAAUGCAUCUGACUGCAAUAAUGUACUAGUAAUUUAUGUCAGUGAUCACCUUGCUCAUAGCAAACCCAGAAAUGCUCUCUCCAGGGAGUAGAUGUAAAGUACUUGUAUAUAGAAUUCAGAACUGAAGAUAUUUAUUAAAAGUUGAUUUGUUUUCUUGAUAGUAUUUUUAUGUACUAAAUAUUUACGCUAAUAUCAAUGACAUAUUUUGGUAAACUAGAGAGACAUAAUUAGCAUGUGUUUGUUCUGUGCAUAGAAAAGAAAUUUAAGCAGACCACCACAGCCAACACAAAGAGCUAAAAGUGAACAAAUUGGAUGCAAACAUUUUUUAUUUUUAAAGUAGUUCAUACAGAGCUGAUGACUUAUUCCCUUUCAAAGAAACAGUGAAUUAGUAACUUGAGGAAUGUAUUGUCAGCAUAAUGUUUUUGAGGUCAGUAUAUCAACUGUCUAAAAACAUAUUAUGCUAACUAAAAUAUAGUAUAUGCUAACCUCUCACAGCACAUAAUGUGCAAAGACUUUUGCAUUUUAACUGUUGAAAAAUAACAGCUGAAGCCAUUGACUCUAUACCUCUAAAGAAUCGCUGCUACUUUGUGCAAGAAUUUUAAAGGUGAAUUCCAGAUAGUAAAAUAAUCCCUGAGCCUUAAAUAGAAAUCAUUUUUUUUUUCCUAAAAGUUUCCCUGGAUUGAAAUUCUCUCUAGUUUACUUGUGUGUGCAUACGUCUGGUCCACGGGGAACUAAAGAUGGUCACACACAAACACCUCCCAUAAAGAUGUACAUAUUCAUUAUACUUCUGAGCUUCCUUUUCUACUAAGCUAAAAAUUCCUUUUUAUUAAAGUGUACACUACUGAUGCUGUUUGUUGUAUUGGGAACACACAUAGCAAUAAAAAAUGUUAACAGAUCUGGCUUUAUCUAGAUUUUUAUCAUCAGAUUCACCCCAUGGUCAUGGAAAAGUAUCCUUUUUACAAAGUGAAUGAGAUCAAAUUCAUUUUCUCUAAAGAGGCUCAAAUUAAAUGACAGUAUCUCCUAUUUUCAUAUCAGGGUGUAUCCUUUUUGUAAAAAAGAGAACAACAGAUUGUAGGCUGUGGCAUCCUGCUAAAAUCUGUUCUGUGGUACUACUGAGAGGAAGAAAGAAAAUGGUAAGAAUGCUAGUGUUAUGAGAAGGAAAAGGGGGACUCCUGUCUUUCAAAAUGUGCAAUAUUGUAGUGAUUUUUAAAUAAAUGCCGCCCGCCAACUUUGAAUCCUGAUUACCUGAGGACUGGUGGGGACAGACCUCUCAAGAUUCAGGACUAUGGGGAGGAAGGGAACAUCCCAGAGAAUGACCUCUUAUUAUGUAACAGAGACACUACAUUCAAAUGGGUAACCACCACCCUACAAAGUAGACAGACUCAGAACUGAUCUUUAUCUACCACUUCAUACCUGAUUGGCCUUGGGUAGACUGUUUUAGAUUUCUUAUCUUGUAUAAGGAGGUGGAAACUGUCAACCUCACUGCUUGAUCGCCAAGAGAAAUGA